AUGGACGACGAUUUUCAUCUUGGCUUAGAAAAAUAUUUGAAAACAGUUAAGGCUAAAAACCGCUCUAAUGCGUCUGGUGAUAACGCACCUUCACAAAGUACAUUAGUAGUAGAUGAAAACCUUACAGAUUCCUAUUUAGAAUUAAAGAAGACUGAAAAGAGAGAUAAAUAUACAAAAUAUGAUGUUCUAGGAAGACCUUUACCAAAACAUCCCCCAAAGUCUAAUCUACCAUCUGCAUUAAAAAAGAAUAAAUCAUUACAGUCUUAUUCAUCCUAUUCGCAGACUUCGCAUGUACAUCAGGUUGGCUCUAAAUCUAAUCAUUCUUCAAAUUCAUCAGAUUUAUCAAGCACUUCAACUAAUUCGUCCUUGCAAGAAUUGCCGGACUCAACUAAUACAAUAACCAGUAAUCCAACAUCUGCUGCCUCUGGAGAUUCGUCUGGUAAUGGGUUUUUAUCAUCAUUAUUUAAGAGAAGAUCAAGCAUUCAACAAACGUCACAAUUACAACAACAAUUACAGAGUCAAAGGGUACCUUCAAAACCUGGUACAGGUUCGUCCUCAAGUAGGCCAUCUGCUAGCAGUGCUUCUACUAUUUCUGCAUCUACCUCAGAUUUGAAUUUCACAAAAGUACCUGGUUUACAAAACUUAAAACCAAUGAAACGCAUUCUGUUUGACCCUUCGACUUAUUACAAUGACCCACCUCAACAAAUUUGUGGUAAAAAUCCAAGAAAAGGUGAAGUUGAAGUCAAAUCAGAUGGUACUGUCAUUAUUCACCGUUUAACUGCCGAACAGAGGAGACAACUAAUGGAUACUUCCAGCUACGGUAUUGUUAUUGGAGGAUCAAGUAAAUUGAAAAUGUUAAAUCCUUCCGAUGAUGCCCCAAUAUCAAAUCCUUCAAACUCUAUAGGUACACUUUCAGUUAAUGAUUCAAAGGAUUAUACUAAAAAAAGACAAUUGCAGAUAAAAGAAGCAGAAGAAGCGGCGGAAGCCAGAGCUAAUCCAUCUGAUGAUGAUCAACAAUCUAUUAUGUCGGAAAAAGCUUCGAAAUUAAAGAUUGAUAAGCCAAUGAUAUCGCGUCAUUCUACAAGACAAUCUAAUGAUUUCCCAAUAUCAGAUUACUCUGAUGAGGAAGACUACCAUAUGCAUGGCCUUCCUGACGUGAAUGUAUCUAACGAUGUAUUAUAUACUCGUUGCUGCCAUUUACGUGAGAUUUUACCUAUUCCAGCUACGUUAAAACAACUAAAGAAGCAUCCAAAUGGUCCAAUACCACUGUUACAACUACGUAAUCCUAAACCUUCAAUGAUUGAAAUAUUUUCGUUCAGUGACUUUAUUAGUAUCGCUCCUGUUUUAGCAAUAUCAUUGGAUGGGGUCAGCUUAUCAUGUGAAAUGCUUAGAGUUAUUUUAAGUUCAAUAAUUAUAAAAAAAGAUUUUAUUAAAAUAACUUUACGUAAUACCCCUAUAGAUGCUGAUGGCUGGAAAAUUUUAUCGUCAUUUAUUGCAGAUUCCAAAAGUUUGUCAUCUAUUGAUUUAACAAUGGUACCAACCAUAAAAACAAAUGUCCAGAAGCCAUCUAAAGCUUCAUUAAAAGAUCAUUCUAUCCCACGGAUGAAAUGUGAUUUAAGCAAUAGAUCUAGCAUGAAUUGGGAUUUGAUGAGCGCUGCUAUCGCAACAAGAGGUGGACUAAAUGAAAUUAUUUUAAGUGGGGCAAAAAUGUCAGAUACGGAAUUUAAAAAUUUUAUUGAAGUUGCUUGUAUCACUACCGAAAGGAUAGGUCUAGCAUAUAAUUCAUUAACAACUAAAAAAUAUAAAAUAUUGGCCAAAUGGUUAGUUAAAUCUAAAAUUACAGGAAUUGACUUGGGAUAUAAUGAUUUAAAAGAUAAUCUUUCAAUAUUUUCAAAAUUAAUUUUGGAUAAAGUUCACAACAAAGGAAAGUCAAAUGAGCUUCAAUUUAUUUCUUUAAAUGCUACUAAUUUAGAUAUUCCAGAAGGCUCAACCUCAGAAAAUAAUGAAGUAAUCAAGUUUAUUAAUGCCUUAUGUUGCUGUGAAAAAUUAAAAUUUUUAGAUUUAUCUAAUAACCCUAAACUAUUUCCCUACGGCUUGAAACCUAUUAUUUACAGUUUACCAAUGCUUACUAGUUUAGUGAGAAUCAAUUUAGACUACGAAGAAUUUUCUGAAAAGGAUGCUCUAAUUCUUUUAUCUGCUUUACCACUCUGUACAAAUUUAAAUGCAGUAUCAAUAUUAGGACUGCAAGGGACACCACUGAUUGGGAGAGCUUUAUGUGAUCUACUAAAGAGAACACAAAAUUUAAUUUCUUUGGAAGUUGAAUAUGAUAAACUACCUGAUGAUGUUAAGAAAGAGUUUCAAGUUAUUACUAUGCAUAACGUUCAAAAAGGAGUCGAUAAAGUGAAUGGAAUUACACACGGCAUGCAAUUUAAAGGUAAAAAACUAAUUGAUUUUCAUGAGUUGUCAUUAUUAUUAACCGAAAGUUUUGACAAUAAGGAAAAAUAUACUAAAAUUGUAAAUCAUUUCUUGGAUAAGACUGCCUAUGCAAGGGAUAGACUAUUAAAUGUGGUACGCGAUUUGUUUUUGGUAAGACAACGAAACGAGCUAAAUUCUCAAGGUAAGGCAGUAUUGAUCAGACUAUGUUUCAUUGAUGAUUGUUUGAAGAAAGGUAUUAGUAUUUUGACAUGUAGAAAAAAUAAUUUACUAAAUUCCUCAUCAGAAGAUAUAAAAGCAAAUAAAACAAAUUCGGCUAAUCCAACUAUAGGAUCAGUAAAUUCUUCAAACUCCAUGCUAGAGCUAAGUGGAGAAACUUUCAAAAAUGAAAUUUCUGAAGAUCAUGCUGUUUUUUUACCAUUUGGUAAGGCUGCUAUUGAAAAUAAAGCUAUAAGUGCAGAAGAUGCAGUUCAAAUAACAGAGGAUGACGAUAUCUUUGAAUAUUUAUCAAAGGAAACUGAGAAAGAACAAAAUAUUUUAAAGCGUAAGGAAAAUCUAGAGGGAGAGUUGAGAGAAAGAGUUUCGAAAAUAGAUCCUUAUUUAAACAAGGAAAAGUUAAGAAAGGCUGCAGAAAGUGGUGAUACUGAAAGACUUAAAAAUUUAAUAUUAGAAAAUAAAGUGUCAACCAUUGUUGAAAUUAUUGAUGAAUUACAUAAUCAAGGUUUUCACUUACAUGACCUUUUUUCCAAACAGAAAUUAGAUUUAGAUGGAAGUAUUUACGAAAAAGAGUCUUCUUCUAAACAUUCUGAGGAGCGUAGCCGUAGCUCAAUAAAAUCAAAAAACAAUAAUAAGUUAAACAAUGAAUUAGAGGAAGCUUAUGAUUCUGUUCUUGACGAAUUUCAGAUGAAAAGAACAGAAUGA